UUUUUUGGGAAACUUUGGAGACUGUUGUAUCACAUCGGAGCUACGUGAUGCGAAGCAAACACUUUUCCUCGCCGAGUUAAGUUUAAAAAGACAACUUAGUCGUUGAGCUACAAUGGGACUCCCCACUUUGGAGUUCAGUGACUCUUUCCUGGACAGUCCGGACUUCAGAGAGCGUCUCAAAUGCCAUGAAAUCGAGCUGGAGCGGACGAAUAAAUUCAUCAAAGACCUCAUCAAGGAUGGGAAUAUGUUAAUCACUGCGCUCAAGAAUCUUUCUGCUGCUGUCCAGAAGUUUUCCCAGUCCCUUCAGGAGUUCCAGUUUGAGUGCAUUGGUGAUGCAGAGACAGAUGACGAGGUGAACAUCGCCCAGUCUUUUAAAGAGUUCUCCCAGCUGUUGACCACUGUUGAAGAAGAAAGAAGGCGCUUGAUUCAGAAUGCAGAUGAUGUGUUGAUUACUCCCUUGGAAAAAUUUCGCAAGGAGCAAAUUGCCGCUGCGAAGGAGGGGAAGAAGAAAUUCGAUAAGGAAACAGAGAAAUACUACUCCACGCUUGAGAGACACCUCAACUUAUCAUCCAAAAAGAAGGAAGCAUAUCUCCAGGAGGCUGACAUGCAGAUUGAUAAGGAGAGGCAACUCUUCUACGAUGCCUCCCUUGAGUAUGUUUUCAAAAUACAAGAAGUGCAAGAAAAGAAGAAAUUUGAGUUUGUUGAGCCGCUCCUGGCCUUUCUUCAGGGUUUGUUUACAUUCUACCAUGAAGGAUAUGAGCUGGCUCACGAAUUUGAGCCGUACAAACAGCAGCUCCAGUUCAACCUACAGAACACACGAAACAACUUUGUGAGCACUAAGCAGGAAGUGGAGAAGCUGAUGAAGAGGAUAAGGUCUGCAGAUCAGGACUAUAAACCCCCAGGCCCAUGGACGAUGGAAGGCUUCCUGUACGUCCAGGAGAAACGUCCCCUGGGAUGCACUUGGACACGUCACUACUGCACGUAUGAGAAAGGCAGCAAGACCUUCAGCAUGAGCAACACUGAAAACAAGUCGGCUGGGAAACAGAAUGGUCUUGUCCUGAACCAGCCAGAGAUGUUCAAGCUCAAGUCCUGCAUUCGGAGGAAAACGGACUCCAUCGACAAGCGUUUCUGCUUUGAUAUCGAAGUGGUGGAGAGAAAUGACAUCUAUCGUGGAACUCUUUUCAGACCGCUUCAGUUUUUCUGUAAAGUCCGGCAUGGCGUUAUGACACUGCAGGCACUGUCAGAGUCCAACAGAAGAUUGUGGCUGGAGGCCAUGGAUGGCAAGGAGCCGAUUUACAACCUGCCAGCAAUAUUAAGCAAAAAGGAGGAAACAUUUCUUAAUGAGGCAGGCUUUAACUUCGUAAGGAGAUGCAUUGACCUGGUGGAGACGAGAGGCAUAACUACAAUGGGACUGUACAGAAUUGGAGGAGUCAACUCCAAAGUACAGAAGCUGAUGACCACAGUCUUUUCAUCCAAGGCACCUGUGGAUAUGGAUCUGGAUCCAGAGACGUGGGACAACAAAACUAUCACCAGCGGCCUGAAGAAUUACCUCAGGUGUCUCUCUGAGCCUCUAAUGACCUUCAGGCUCCACAAAGAUUUUAUCAUGGCUGUCAAGUCAGAUGACCAGAACUACAGAGUGUGUGCUGUCCACGCUUUGGUUCAUAAGCUGCCUGAGAGGAACAAGGAAAUGCUGGAGCUACUAAUAAAACACCUCGUCACAGUUUCCACACAAAGCCAGUUAAACCUGAUGACGGUGUCCAACCUGGGUGUCAUCUUUGGGCCCACCCUGAUGAGGUCACAAGAGGAAACUGUGGCCGCCAUGAUGAACAUCAAGUUUCAGAACAUUGUGGUGGAAAUACUUAUCGAGAACUUCACUAAGAUCUUCCACCAGCCUCCGGACCCCAAUGUGCCCCUGCCCCAACCCCAGAGCCGGCCUGACUCUCGCAGGAGCAGGGCCAUCUGUAUGUCCACAGGGCCCAGGAAGCCCCGCAGCCUCUACACGCCAAAGCUGUGCCUGGCAGAUGCAGAAAGUGACACUUUCAGCAGCAGUCCAAGCAGCACCCCCAUGGGCAGCAUGGAGUCUUUGUCUUCUCACUCCUCUGAGCAGAAUAGCUCCUCCAAAACAGCUUCCUCUGCUCCGGUCAAAGACAAGUCACUCCUGGAUCUGUGCCGAACACCAUCACAGCUCUCAAAUGGCCCCAGGAGCGCUGUGUGUGUCAGCAGCCCAGAGUCCAGCUCCAAGGAGGAUGCAGGGCGUACAGAUGGAGAGUCAGAGGAUGCUCUCAGCCUGUCCUCAGUCAGCACCGUACCCUGGCUGUCUCCUGCCCCCAAAAAAGCCCCGCACUGCCGCCUCGACCUCAAGCCAGCCCUGCUACCACGCUCAGCUGGUCCCUCUCUGAAAUCACUGCAUAUAUCUGAAGGCAACAGGAGCUGCUCUGGAUCUGUCCAGAACCUGUCAACACUGGAGCCCAACGACAGUUUAAAGUCUACAGAGAAUCCAGACCUUCCACCGAAACAAGCGGCCCGCUGCAGGACGGACACGUCAGUCAGCAAUGGCUACCAAAGACCUGGCUCAGUGGUCGCUGCCAGAGCACUGCUUUUCGAAAAUGCCUCCUCUUCACAGUCUGUUCCAGUCGGAAGAGAUGCCAAGGCCAUGUAUUCCUGUGAGGCAGAGCACAGCCACGAGCUAAGCUUCCCCCAGGGGGCGCACUUCUCAAACGUCUACCCCUCUGUUGAACCAGGCUGGCUCCAAGCAACAUACGAGGGAAAGACAGGUUUAAUCCCUGAGAAUUAUGUCGUCUUCCUCUAACAAGCUGGUAAACAUUGCAUCUUUUUCAUGGUAUCCAUGAAAAAAACAAAAACCCAAUGUGACUGAUUUGUUGUAAUGUUCCGAUUAAUGCUGGUAAACGACAUUUCUGCAUUUUUGCAUUCUUAGCAGAUAUCAAGCAAAGCAGUAAUUGCUUUAACAGUGCUGGAAGUCCAAAAAAUGUACCUCCUUUUCUGUAAUGACUUCAUUGUGAAAUGUUUUUAGGGGAAUCUGCAGAGAUUCAGAAGUUAAGAAGAUACACAUUAUUGUUAGAUGUAAAUAUAUUACCCAUUGACUGCACUGAUGUUUUUAAUCCCAGUAUUAGCCUACAAAAUCACAAAAACAAUCACAUCCAAAUUUCACAAAUUU